AUGAAAUCCUGCGGAGUGUCGCUCGCAGCAGCAGCCCCUGCUUUUAGUGAUGAGGAAAAGAAAAUGGCGGCGGGAAAACCGAGAGGCAAGACUAAGGAAGGGACCUUAAGCUUGACAGCCGAGGAGAGGGAGGAGCUCAGCGGAUUGGACAGCCUCCUCUUUGGAUUCCUAAACCUUCACGAAAAUGGCGCCAAGACUGAGACCCUGUUGCUCAAGGCUGUUUGCUGCUAUGAAUCUCUAAUCUUAAAAGCUGAAGGAAAAGUGGAGUCUGAAUUCUUUUGUCAGUUAGGUCACUUCAACCUCUUAUUGGAAGAUUAUCCAAAAGCAUUAUCUGCGUAUCAGAGAUACUACAGUUUGCAAUCUGACUACUGGAAGAAUGCUGCAUUUUUAUAUGGCCUUGGUUUGGUUUACUUCUAUUACAAUGCAUUUCACUGGGCAAUUAAAGCAUUUCAAGAGGUGCUUUAUGUUGAGCCCAGCUUUUGUCGAGCAAAGGAGAUUCAUUUACGACUUGGGCUUAUGUUCAAAGUGAACACAGACUAUGAAUCUAGUUUAAAGCAUUUUCAGUUAGCUUUGAUUGACUCUAAUCCCUGUACUUUAUCCAGUGUUGAAAUUCAGUUUCAUAUUGCCCACUUGUAUGAAACCCAGAGAAUGUAUCAUUCUGCGAAGGAAGCUUAUGAACAGCUUUUACAGACAGAAAACCUACCUGCACAAGUAAAAGCAACUGUUUUACAACAGUUAGGAUGGAUGCAUCAUAACGUGGAUCUAUUAGGAGACCAAGCCACCAAGGAAAGCUGUGCUAUUCAGUAUCUCCAAAAGUCAUUGGAGGCAGAUCCUAAUUCUGGCCAGUCUUGGUAUUUCCUUGGCAGGUGCUAUUCAAGUAUCGGAAAGGUUCAGGAUGCUUUUAUAUCUUAUAGGCAGUCUAUUGAUAAAUCAGAAGCAAGUGCAGAUACCUGGUGUUCAAUAGGUGUGCUCUAUCAGCAACAAAAUCAGCCUAUGGAUGCAUUACAGGCCUAUAUUUGUGCGGUACAAUUGGACCAUGGACAUGCAGCAGCAUGGAUGGACCUGGGCACUCUGUAUGAAUCCUGUAACCAACCUCAAGAUGCCAUUAAAUGCUACUUAAAUGCAGCUAGAAGCAAAAGUUGCAGUAAUACCUCUAUGCUCACAGGAAGGAUUAAAGUUUUACAGGCUCAGUUGUGUAACCUUCCACAAGGUAGUCUACAGAAUAAAACUAAAUUGCUUCCUAGUAUUGAGGAGGCAUGGAGCCUACCAAUACCCGCAGAGCUUACCUCCAGGCAGGGUGCCAUGAACACAGCACAGCAGGCUUACAAAGCUCAUCAUCCAAAUACUGAACCUGUAUUAGGCCUCAAUGAAACACCAAUUUCACAACAGCCCUUGCCAGUACAUAUGAUUACCUAUAGUGAAGUAGAUGACCUGUCCAGUCCUGCCAAGAGGAAAAGAAUAUCCAGUCCAGCAAAGUACCUGGAACAGCUACGCACAGAUAGAGAUCAUUUAAAUCCGACACAGAAACUGAUGCUGCAACAGUUGGAAAGUCAGUUUGUCUUAAUGCAACAAAUGAGACAAACAGGACAAACUACUGGAAUUCCUAAUGGGCCAAUAGCUGAUUCAUCACUGCCUACAAACUCUCUCUCUAGCCAGCAACCACAUUCUGCUCUACCCAGAGUACCUAGUGUCUCUCAGCCUGAAGUGCACUCUGCUUGUUUUGAAAAUCCUUUGUCCAGUGGACCUUUUCCUGCACGCUAUGUUCUUUCUGGCUCCUCAAAACCACUAGGGUAUACAGACACUAAUUUGGUAGGCAAUAAUUACUUAACACGAAGUGGAAAUAAUGGAAAUGUGCCUUAUCUGCAGCAAAACACAUUCACUCUACCUCAUAACUGCACAAACCUGACCAGCAGAACAGAAGAGCCAUGGAGAAGAAAACUAUCUAACUCCACUCAGGGGUUUAACAAAGGUCAGAAUUCACAUUUGCCAGGAUCUAAUGAUGAACAGCCUUCAUUUUCCACUGAUCCUGCCCUGUAUCUCCAGGCAGCUAGCACUAAUAUUCAGACUUCACAUAGGAUGCUGCCUACUAGUUCAGUAACACAGGGAAUUGCUUUCAAUCACCUCUCUCAUACUGCUACCUCAGGUGACCAACAAGGCAUUUGUUGUACCAAAGAGAGCACACCUUCAGGAAAUAGAUCUUUUGUGCCUGAAAUAAGCAGUCAUACUGAAGAUACACCUAAUGGCUGUGCUGGUGUCAAGGGACUUUCUAAUCGUGUUCAGCAGUUGAUGGCACAACCUAUUUGCAGUCCAAACAGAGAUUCUACGUCACCAAAUUUAAUUUCAGACAAUCCUCAGAUGUCUUCCUUGUUGAUUGGAAAAGCCAGUGAGAGUAUGAUGACUGGAGCAUGUGACAAAGUCAAUAGUAUUCACCCAGAAAGACAUAGAAAGACUAAUAAUUCUGUUGCCUCUUUACACUCUUCAAUCAUUUCUACAACUGCUCCAAAAUCUGCCAACCAGACCACUACCCUUGGUGUUACCAGCAUCAGCAGUACUCACAUUAGGUUACAAACAGUUAAUGGAAAAGGGCUAGAGAACUCAAACAGCUCUAAAAAUACAAGCUUGCCUAUGAUUAGCCGCAAACCUGAUUCUCCGAUCAUACCAUCGAUGUCUGUGUCCAUAUACUCAAAUUCUACAGAAGUUCUGAAGGCAUGCAGGAACUUAGAUAAAAAUGGCUUGUCUAAUUGUCACAAUUUGUUGGAUAAAUGUCCACCUCCAAGACCACCAACUUCUCCAUACCCACCUUUGCCAAAGGACAAGUUGAAUCCACCCACACCCAGUAUUUAUUUGGAAAGUAAACGUGAUGCUUUCUUUCCUCCAUUACAUCAAUUUUGUAUAAAUCCCAAAAAUCCUGUUACAGUAAUACGUGGUCUUGCUGGAGCUCUUAAAUUGGAUCUAGGGCUUUUCUCUACUAAAACAUUGGUAGAAGCUAACAAUGAGCACACAGUAGAGGUGAGAACACAGUUGUUGCAACCAGCAGAUGAAAACUGGGAUCCCACUGGAACAAAGAAAAUCUGGCGUUGUGAAAGUAAUCGAUCUCAUACUACAAUUGCUAAGUAUGCACAGUACCAGGCCUCCUCCUUCCAGGAGUCACUGAGAGAGGAAAAUGAGAAAAGAAUGCAACAUAGAGAAUAUUCAGAUAAUGAAUCCACUUCUUCAGAUAAUAGUGGAAGGAGAAGGAAAGGACCUUUUAAAACUAUAAAAUUUGGAACGAACAUUGACCUCUCUGAUGACAAAAAGUGGAAGUUGCAGCUACUUGAACUGACUAAACUUCCUGCUUUUGUGCGUGUUGUAUCAGCAGGAAAUCUUCUAAGCCAUCUUGGUCAUACCAUCCUGGGCAUGAAUACAGUUCAGUUAUACAUGAAAGUUCCAGGGAGUCGAACACCAGGUCACCAAGAAAAUAACAACUUCUGUUCUGUUAACAUAAAUAUUGGUCCAGGUGAUUGUGAAUGGUUUGUUGUUCCUGAAGGUUACUGGGGUGUUCUGAAUGACUUCUGUGAAAAAAAUAAUUUGAAUUUUUUGAUGAGUUCUUGGUGGCCCAAUCUUGAAGAUCUUUAUGAAGCAAAUGUUCCUGUAUAUAGGUUUAUUCAAAGACCUGGAGAUUUGGUCUGGAUAAAUGCAGGCACUGUGCACUGGGUUCAGGCUGUUGGCUGGUGCAACAAUAUUGCUUGGAAUGUUGGCCCACUUACAGCUAGCCAGUAUAAAUUGGCAGUGGAACGGUAUGAGUGGAACAAAUUGCAAAGUGUAAAGUCAUUAGUACCCAUGGUUCAUCUCUCCUGGAAUAUGGCACGAAACAUCAAAGUUUCAGAUCCCAAGCUUUUUGAAAUGAUUAAGUAUUGUCUUAUGAAAAUUCUGAAGCAAUGUCUGACACUGAGGGAAGCUCUUAUUACAGCAGGAAAAGAGAUUACAUGGCAUGGCCGGACAAAUGAUGAACCAGCACAUUACUGUAGCAUUUGUGAGGUGGAAGUUUUUGAUCUUCUUUUUGUCACUAAUGAAAGCAAUUCUCAAAAGACAUACAUAGUACAUUGCCAAGACUGUGCACGAAAAGCAAGUGGGAAUCUGGACAAUUUCGUGGUGCUAGAAGAAUACAAAAUUGAGGACCUGAUGCAAGUAUAUGACCAGUUUACAUUAGUAAGUGAAUUCAUUAUGCUCCUUCAGUAUCAUCCUCCUCUUCUUGAUACUGGUCCGUGAAUAUUAGAUGACACCUUUUCUCAUCUUCAGGAAAGUUCUGCACCAGUGGUUUUAUAGCUGCUUAAUAAGAGUGCUGACUGAAAGCUAUGUCUAUGCAACCUUCC